CCUAAUUUUAUUUUUAUGUGUUAACUUUUAUUCAUUAUAAUUAUUAUAUUUAAUGUUUAUUGUAAAACAAUAAUGAAUUACCUAUGGAGACGCGUUAUAACUCCUGUUUUUGUUUGCCGUAGAGCAAAGUUACAAAUUAUAACAAAUCAAUCUUUACACCAAUUAAAUAAAAAUAUAAACAUAACCUCAAAUCCGUUAAACAAUAAUGUAUACAAUUUAAUUGUUCGAUAUAAGUCUAAAAAGCAAAGUCAACACGAUUCAGAUGAUGAAGAUGAUGAUUAUAAUGAUGAUUCAUCACUUAAGAAAGAUUCAAAAGUCGUAAAAUUCUCUACCACAUCUCUCCGAACAGAUGCUAUACUUAAAAGUGCUUUAGGAGUUGCAAGAAAUAAAAUAGAACAAGUAUUCUAUGAAAGCAAAAUUAGGAUAAAUGGCAAGAAGAUACUCAAGAAAAGUGCUUCUGUCAGAAUAGGUGAUGAAAUUGAUGUUAUAAAAAUGGUUAGUCCAAACAACCCUGACCAUUUAUAUGUAUCCCGUGUAGAAAUACUCAAUGUAGCAGCUAAAGAGGAGAGUAUUGUUAUUACUGCCAGGAGGUUCAAAAAUUUACUUAUUGAAAACUAUGAACUGGAUCCAUACAAAGCUAGUUCUUCUACAGACACAGACUCUUAAAAUAUUUAGUUAAAUUAGUAAUGAAUGUAAAUUGUAAAUAGCUUUAUGUACCUACAAUAUUAAAUAAAAAAUAUAAAUGUUUCAUUUAUUUAUUUUAAUAAUAA